CUGCUCGUCUCUCCCUCUGUGCCUCCCAUCUCAUCCCACUUCCCCCGCCUGCGUCUCCUCGCCUCGCCCUCAUCCGCUCACCCGCCAUUGUCGCUCCUCGUCGCUCGCCGUUCUCGGUCCUCGCCUGCUCGUCUCGCCCUCCUCCGCUUGUUUCCGUCAUGGCUCCUCGCACUGCUGCUGUUGCGUUUGGCUAGGGGCUGCUGCGUCUGGUUUGCUCUCCGCUUGUGCGUCUAUUUAAUCCUCCUCUGUGAGGUCCUCCUUUCCGACGUCUGCCUGCCCGAUCAACUGAUCUCCUCGCUCCUGGUUCGUGGAAGGCCUGCUGCAGUUUGGUUCACCUCACGCCCCGCGCCUUGUCUUUCAUCUUGCCAAGAUGUCGAACGAAAGGAUCAGCCUUCUCUUGCAGAUCCAUGAGAAAGUGCUCUUCUGGAAUGCUAAGGUUCUCGUGUCUCGCAUCUGGCACUUCCGAGGUGGGACUGAUGAGGGUAACAUUGUGCACACUGACUUAGUGGUGCUUGACCAAGAGGGCACCCACAUGUAUGGCCAGAUUCCUCCUGAGCCAUCGGAGCGGCUGAAAGAUGUCUUGGUGGAAGGCAAUGUUUAUCUGAUGAAGGGAUUCAUGUGUAAACAAGCAAAGCAGACUUACAGGGCUGUUGAUAGCCCAUACAUGAUGCAAUUCACUCGCUUUAGUACUGCUAUUCCCCAGCCGGGUGAUGAAGAAAACUUCCCGUACUGCACUUACGACCUCCUGUCCUUCACGGAUAUCCCAAUGCCAGGCCCAAACACUCGUCGCUUUCUUGAUGUCAUUGGUCGAAUUACUGCAGUGACAGACAUAGUUAUUGUCCACUCUCAAUACCAGCCUGAACCUUCAGAAACCAGGACUAUAGUUCUCGAAGAUCAAGCAGGGAAUGAGAUCAAGCUUGUUCUUUGGGGUGCUCGAGCUCGUGAGUUUGAGGCAGAAGAGGUCCGUAUUGCAAGCCAAUCAGGAGCUGUCAUUACUAUCUUUGUGGGGACACUGCCAAAAACCUACCGAGGAAUUAAAGGACUAAGUGGUAGCUCUGCAUGCCGCUGGUACAUUAAUGAGGACUUGCCAGAGAUGAAUGCCUUUCGUGCUAGCCUUCCAGAAAGUCUUGCUGCUGUCACUGCUCACAUACCAGGAGAACAGGCAAUUGUUCCAGCACCUGUUCGUGAGCCUCUUGUCGAACUGAGUGUUCAACAGCUGCUUGCUCUUGACCCGUUUAAUAAUCUGAAAAAGCAAUUUAUGGUCAAGGUUAUUAUUACACGCAUGGGCUCUGACAACCGUUGGUGGUUUCUCUCAUGCCGGGAAUGCCAUAAAACAGCCUAUACGGCUGGAAGGCAGUACCGUUGCUCGGACCACGGCUGCUCUUCUGUUGCAGCAGAUCCCUCAUACUGUCUGUGCACUUUCGGAAGCGACGGCGCAGCUGAGGCAGAAUUUAUGUUCUUUGAUAGAGCUGCAAAGAGUGCUGUUGGGAAGCCACUCAUGACUUUGAUUUACCGCAAGUAUCCUGGUUUCACAAGUGCGCUUGAUCUGCCUUAUAUAGGAGGUGCUGAUGUAGGCUUGCCUGUUGAAAUUUCACGCCUUGUUACCAAGAAGUAUAGACUUGUCGUUUCUAUCUCCACCAAAAGCUUUCAGCCUGCAAGCACCCAGCUGUCCUUCCAAGUUGGCAGGAUUGAUGAAACCUUUAAGCCUGAACUGGCAUCCUUUGGAUUUGGCGGUGCGUCAUGUUCUGCUGGGAGCUCAGGCAUAGCGGUGCCCAUUCCGACGUCUUUCGCUACAGGAUCAUCUACACUUGUUGACCUACCUCCCGAUGAGAUGAACACUCCCAUAUCUGCAUUCAGAGGAAAAGGACAGGCUUCUAUGCCUAAAACACCCAGCAAAUCACCAUGCCCAAAAAGCGCUCGCCGCAAACUUGUUCUUGAGCUCUCUAAAUCUAGGGACGAAGAGCUAUCUGGCUCUGCUCCCGAGUUGGCUACCCAGACGGGAGACGUUGUUCCUCCUGGAAAUGUUGUUCAGCCUACAUCCAUGCCAAAUGUUAGCCAGGAGAAUGAAGCUGCAGCUACUGAAAAUUCAGACAGCGUCCUUCCUGACCCCUCUAAAACCAAGAGGGCAAACACUCCUGCAAAGGGAGUUGGCACUCCAAAGAAAGCGAGGCAGUAGUUCCUCCAUGGAUUAAGCUACAUAUGUACAUACGGGUAUCUUCUGUGUUCUGCUUGCUUAUCAAGCAAAGUCCGGCGCUGGAAGGGUGUGUUUCUGAACACAGCUUCUAACCUCUGCUGCAUCUCAUCAACUGUCUGUCCAUCGGGACUGAAGAUCGUCAAUUCAGCGCACUUUUGGGCACACACUGGGUUUAUUUUGUGCACCUUUGUAAGGCAAGGCUUUGACACCUGAAAAACUAUGUCGAGCCACUGUCAUGACAAUUCCUCUAUUUAGGUCCUCGAACAGAUUAGGUUCCAUGCGUUGUAAAUAUCUUCGCCGGCCUUUUCUACCUUAUCUCCUUAUAAAACUUUCUACUCAUUGUAAAUGCCGCUGGGCCAUGCUACUUAAUCUAAGUCUUGUUGUUAUAAUGUGCACACCUUCUUAUGUUU